UGCUGACUGUUGAGCUAACGUCCUCCCUGCAUUACACAGCCUGUGAUUACAUGACAAACAAACAAAUAUUUCACCGCUACAGUACAAUGUAAGUUUUUUUUUUACAUUUCACACUUGUUCAGUUGUUUGUGGAUCGUUCGGCGCUGCCCCGAUGCCGUGGAGGUGUUGUGUUCCCGGGUGUAAAGGCUACGACGAGGCGAAGUCUAUGGGGGUUAUUUUCCACGGUUUACCAACCAGAGACCCGCAGCGCUGUAAAAUAUGGCUGAAGGCGAUACAGAACCCCAGGUUUGAUGAAAACACCCCGGUGUCUAAAUACAGCGGGGUAAGAGUGUGCAGUCUGCACUUCCAGCCGGAGGACUACGAAGAGGACUUCCGAGCUAAGAUACUGAACAUCGCGCCCAAGCCGGUGUUGAAGAGCGGCGCUGUGCCGUCAGUGUUCCCCGGGAGACAGCACGGUGAGCCGGGCAGCGCUGACACAUCUCCGCCGGCUCCAAAGAGAACCAGAACUCAGGUGGCUGGUGGAGCUGCAGGGAGCUCCUCUCGGUCUCCUCCAGCAGCAGCAGCGUCCGACGAAAGCUUCUGCAUCGUGGUGUCAGUCGACCCUCGUGACGACAGCUUCCACUCAGAACCAGAGUUCAACUCAGCGACAACAUCUGACGAGUCUGACGAAGACGCCGACAAGGACUGCAUUAUUGUUUAUAACUGCAGCCUGAUGGAGCUGUUCAGGAGGUGUCAGACAUGCGGAGAACCCAUCAUAGAGAAGGAGGUGUUCCACUCAGGUGCACAGAUGAGGGUGAAGUGGAGCUGUCAUGGCGGACACUCCGGUGUGUGGAAGUCCUCUCCUCACCUGAGAGACAUACUUCCAUAAACCGCAGCUGCUCACUGCUGCUGCCGUUCUGUUCACUGGACCAGCGUUUGAUAUGAGGAGGAGACUUUUUAAUAAUCAGAAACACUGAGCCUGAGACGGCAACUGCUGAACCACAUCUGAUGAUCCAGCUGUGCUCAGGGCUGCACCACACCUUCAUGUUGGACCCCACAAAAGAAAACAAAGUGGUGCAGAAUCCAUCUGUUCUGUUGCUGUGGAGACAAUCAGCUUCAUAAGAGGACGACCUGAGCUUUGGGACCAUGGAGCUGACAUGGCUACUCUGACAUACAGCGCAUCAUGAGCACCACCCCGACAUACAGCAAGAAAGGGUGAGCCAUUUCUUACGGAGGAGAAGAUUCAGGUCAUGGAUAAUAAACCUGUGAAGCUCAAUCGUUCAGCAGGAGCGGGUGUGUUUGGUGCUGAAGCUGCAGCACUGAGACGUGGACACAAUAACAGAGACAGCUUCACCGCACACUGUGGCUGCUCAGAGGGCGGCUCUGACUCUGGUCGUUACGACGGACCAAACAGACUGUCAGCACAUCACAGACAUCUUCAUGCUGCAUCAUGAGCAUGACUGGAGAAAACUUUUUGUAAAAAAUAAUCUGGUGUUUUUUAUAAUGGUUCCUGAAUAUAGUUUUAAUAUUCAAACGUAGGUGAUGACGUGCAGAUAAAGCUGGGUGUAACUGACAUCACUGCAAUAAAGAGUCAGUGUGAAUGUGU